AGUAUUUCAUAUUUGAUGGGCUUCUUGAAAUCAAUGCCUUCUGGUAUCAAUAAGAUACCAGGUCAUUAUGUCAAAUAUAUACCAUUUAUUUAAAACCAGAAUGAAAUCUGUCUUAGAUGAGAAUAGGUUUUACACAAUAUGGGACUUUCUAGACUACUGGAUUUUUAACAAUGCUUGGAUAUCAAUCCUGUUUACAAUUUUCCUGGGAGUUGCUUUUGAGAUAAUCCUCAUAAGAACUUGUGAAUUAUUUAAGAAGAAGCUUGAGCUAUGGAAAAAUGGCAGUUCAUGUUCUGAGAGGCAGAAUGAAGAUGUUUUCCCCAGAGGAAAGAUAUUUGCUAUAGAGUGCUGGUCGAUUUCCCAAACAUCUUCAAUAGAAAGAAUAGAAACAUUUUCAGGAAGAGUAACAACCAGUCCUCCACCUGAGGAGAAUGGAGAUAACAUUACAGAAGAAACAUUUUUAUCCAAUGAAUAUGAAUAUCAAGGAAGCCAUUUUUGUGAAACUCACUCAUCUUCAGGUGGGACCAAUACAUCCUUGUCAAUGUUUCACUCAAAAGAAAAGAACAUUUUCAUGAGAUCCUUUCACAGAGAAGAUCCACAAAGUAAAUAUCAAACACAACCAUUUUCCUCCAAUAAUUUAUUUUCAAUAAUGAAAACCAACAGGACAAAAAAUACAUUUCUUGAUGCUGUCAGUUUUCCAAGCACUUUUACGUUUACAAGAGCUAAGGAUCUCAAUAUGACACCAUGCCCUCCUGUUCAUUUAUUUCUUUCUCUUGACCAAAUUAAACAUGUGGAAGAAAAUGUGAGAAAGAGGAUCUCUGUAAACCCUAAAUCUAUGUCAGGGAGGGAAGCUAAUUGUCUGCACCCAGGAUCUCACAAGCCAUUGAUCCAUUCUCAACAUCCUAAUGAAGUGGUUCUUCCUGCUGAAGCACUAGAUACUUUCCUGGACCAAAGUGUUAUGCAGAAUCAGUUGAUUCACAAAGAACAGUUUACUAGCCAAACCCAAGAAUGUAUUCACAACCAAGAGUCAGUCAUCAGCCAGCCUGGUUUCAUUCAGCCUCUAGAUGUUAUGAGACUGCCAUUUUCUAACAGCACACAAGACUCCUUCCAGGCCCAUCAAAUAGACCAUAAAGGUAGGAGCCAACAUUUCAACCACAUCCCAUGUAUUGUUGAAGCAGAGGAUUCAACCAAGGGCAUAGAGUGUGAUGAACAUUUCAGUGAAACCCAAUGUCCCGUUUAUUUUAAUGACCAAAACAGGAGUAAGCAUUUGGUUCCAGGACAAAAUAGUGUUUUCCAGAAUGCCGAUUUUCUAUCUUUAAGAUCAAAUUCAUUGGCUGAAGAUUUUUUACAACAAAAGGUAAUACCAGACCAACAACCAGUGGCUUCAUUAGAAUCAAACCAGCAUUAUGCACACAGGUCAAUGUCUCUUUCACUUAACAUUAAAAGGCAGAGAAACAGGAGAAAAAUGCCAGACAAUGAAAGAAAACUCAGUCUUAAAGUUCCACGUCCCAAAGCAAAGAAAACCUCUCAUUCACAAGUGUUUCCAAUCAUAGUAUGUCAUACUUCAGAAAAUAAGAUCAAGUUGAGAUGCAAGAAGAAGAACACAGUACAUCAAAGAAAAACCAUGUCAGAUAUAGCGCUGCAUCUUAUUUCUGUCUCUAAGCUUAUCACCCCCCAUGUUAAAAAGUAUUUCUUAAAAUGUCUAGUGGCAGUCAUUCCGGACUUAACAUGUGAGCAUAUUCUGCAGGGGCAAAAUGAGUCACUAGAUAUAGAGAAAAUCAAUUAUACAGGGGCAGACAAACAUACAGUCAGAGAGGAGGUUGCAGGUCCCAUGCACCCACCUUUAAGGUCAGAGAAAUUGCCUGCUGCUGAGUAUUUAAUUGAAACAACAGAAGGUAGGGUCCCAUUUUGUGAAAAUCCCACACAAACACUGGAUAGUCAUAUUACAGAAGACAAAGAAUAUUUGAACAAGAACUUAUGUGCAGAUGCCACAAGACCUUUCAAAGUCAGAAAAAAAUCAUCACGACCAAAAAAUGUACUUGGUGUCAAGCACAAAUUUAAAGUGAAAAGCCCUGCAUUUUCCCUAAGGCUUUCUGUCGCUGCACAUGACACCCUGAAACGUAGGAGAAAAGUGGGAGACAGCUUUGAAAUCAACAUUAAACAAAUGCUGCAUGAUGUAACGGCACCUGAACUUCUGAAUGUUCAGCCUCAGAGGUCUAGCAUUCGCAAUAAUAAAACAGAUAUCGAGACAACACCCACAAAGCCCCAAGUUGAGAAGAAAGAAGAGCAUCCAGAUCCCCUUGAGAAAGAAAGGAAAGCUGUGGAUCCUCUAGAAGCUCAGCUGUGCCGUGAUGUGAAAGCGGCGGAACCAGCGCUGCCAGGGACGGUGGCUCAUGCUAAGAGGAGCUUUAGAUCUGAUGCGUGCCCCGUGAAGGGGGUUAAAACGGAGAAGGAAAUGUUUCAAGCAAUAUCUCUCACUGAAGCAAUUAGGGAGUCAGUUGACUCACUGAGAAUGGAUUCAUUUUGUCUUGCAAAUACAAAAACCAGUACAGCUACACAGACAGAGUUCCAAUAUUGUGCAGAAUUAGAGUUGAAUCCUCUCACGUCAGCAAAGUUACUGACUCAAGACUCUCUGAGCCAAUCAAGUGAAAGUAAUGUUUCAAAUAAUGGAGAUGAUACAAGGGAAAUUAGUUAUGGUUUUAAUCAAAACACUUUUUCAUGCUCUGUAAAUUAUUGCAUGCCUGUUUUGAUUCAUUCUAAAAAGAAAGACCGAACAAGAUUCACAAAUAUGAGUACAGUGAGGCUCAAGUGUAUCAAUAAGGUGAAACCGAUGGCUUCAAAAACAUUCAAUAUCACAGGCAAUAAAAAGAAGUCAAAAUUAGACCUCAAGAUCAAAUUAAAAAGGGUAAACAAGGCUAAGGCAUUUUUACCUGAAUGUCAAAACACUAUUUGCUUAUCCAUCCAUAGAAGUUUGCAGGAGAUCUUCUGUCAUGCUCAACUAAAGCAAGAAGGACUAGCAAACAAAAUAUGUGUUGACUGUGUUGCUGAAAGUAGUGUAUUCUACAACAGAGAGAGAAUUUUCAAAGAAAAAGAAAACCCUUUUGUACAGGCAGCUUCACAGCAUGGCCAACAUGGGUGGGCUGAUGCAGAUCAAAGGAAGGAAACUCUCACAGAUGAGCCAGACCCAUCACCCAUCUCUUUAAGUCAAGAACAACCUACUAACAGUCAGGAUAUAAAGUACCAAAAAGAUUCGCUGAAAAGUACUUUGGAGACCAGCCUACAAAUGCCUCCUAUCCAAGCUGAAGGAUUACAGACAACUACCAAAACAGAAAGUGGCAUAAACUUCCCCGUGGUUCCUAAAAUUUUAUCUCCUGAAGCAGGGACCUCUUCACCUGGUGAAUUUACAAAUAUGGCAAGUGAUGAUUUAGAAUCUGACGAAAACUCUGAACAUGAACUAGGUUUGUAUCCUGAAGCAAAGGAUUCAGAGACAUCAAUAGGUCUUCAGGUGACAUUCCUGCAGUCUUCUGAUUCUGUUACAAGAUCCUUUGUUUCCAGACCUAAAGGGAAGAGAAAAGCACUAAAAUUAAAGAAGAAGCAGACAACAAUGAGACAUAGACAUAGCACUAUGAGGGAAAUAAAACCAUCAGUUUCACAGUCAGUUAACGGCAGGUAUAGCAAAAAAAUAAACCACAAAGAAAUGAAAGAUCCCCAGAAGAGGGUUAACAUAGCAGGUGCCUGUUUGGACUUCAUUCACUCUGAGGCAUGCAUCUUGUUAAACAAAAAAAAUAGAAGUUCAAAACCAUGCAUAGAUAAACAGAGAAUAAGAAGACCUGGUUGUAUGGAGCCAAUACAAGAAAAAUUGCCAGAUGGAAGAAACACACACUCUCUGGGUUUUGCUGAUUUCAGUAGUUCCUCUACCAUGAAGAACUAUGAAGAGGAAAGAGAAGAGGAACCAGAACAUUUCCUGAUCUCAGAAAACAGCCCCAGACUUAUUUGUGAUACUUAUCAAGAAAAAGACCAUGACCAAGCAGGGAGAACAAUUACUCAGGUACAAGCACAAACACCUGCGGAAGUCAUUUCCUGUUCUACCCCAUGCCCCAUCUCAGAUGAACUUAAACUAGAAAGGCUAGAGGGCUGUUUCAGUGUUUCCCCUCUAAUGGUUGGGGAAGAUAAAGACAGUGCACUAUCUGAAGGAGAAUAUGAUCUAUUUGACGAAAGACAACACAAGGAACAGGCUGCUGACAGUGAAAGGGAGGCGGAGGAACUGUCAGUCUCAUACACUAAUCCAAGCCAUAGCGGGGAAAUAAAAUGUGACUCAACCAAAAUGAAAGGCAUGUAUCCAGAGGAAAAGAUUGCAGAUGAAAUACCCUAUUUGACAAAUGUUGCACUGGAUAUUAAUAUGAGCGUCAAGAUAGAAAUGGAAAAAGCCAUGUCCAGCAAAAAAUCACCCUGUUCUGUACCAAAGAAGUCAGAGAUACUGCUUCAUGAAGGGAAGGUUACUUCAGAUGACAUCAAAGAAAUUGAUCUUCAAUCUAAAGAAGUAAGGGAAAAUGAUGCUGACACAUUAUGUAAAUCAUUCCCACAAGAUAGCCAACAUUUUGCAUUUUGUUCACAUCAAAGCAGGGAUCCUAACUCUCACGAAUUAAAACAAAGAGGGAGGGCCAUUAUGUUCACUGUGGAACAGGAAAUUCCACAGCCAAGUCAGUCAGCAGGUCUAACACAAAGAGAAUGUACCAUGUGUACGUCAAAUUCAAAGGUUCCUCCCAUACAAUCACAAGAAUCACAAAUAGAUGAAGUUAACACUGAUAGAACAAAAUAUGACAUCGCUGCUGAUGGGACUCAUUCACAGAAACUGAACAGUUGGGAUAGAUUGGAAAGAGAAGGGUUUAAAAAUGACCUACAAGUAACAAUCACAGAGUCUUUGAAUAUCUCAAUUCCUGAUGUACUGAGAUCUAAAAGGAAAAGCAGAGUAUCUACAUGCAAAGCCUUACAAGGUAGAAUGUGUUCAACUGGUAUAACUAUGAAAGGAAGGAAACCAUCUGUCUCAAAGGUACUAACUAUUUCACAGUGUGGUCACAGAAAAACUCUACUUCCAAAAACAUUGAAACCACAGAUUUCUGAAUUACUUAAACAUUCUGCUGUCUUAUCUGAUAGUCCUAAUAUAAAAGUAUUGAAAUAUCCAACAGCAGAGAAAAAGAAUAGAUUAUUAACCCAGGAACUGGCAGCAACAAUGAUACAGUCUUUGAGUUUCUCCACACCUACGUCAAAGGAGAGAGAGAAUUUAAAACUCAUGGACAAGGGAAAUGAAAUAAGUAACAAUAGUCUAUCUGUCAAAACGAGGAAGGCGGCAAUCUCCCAGACACUUAUUACUGCAGGAUGUGGAACACCAAAACAAGGUGAACACAUGGAAGGUUCGUCCCUAAAUGCCAUCUUCUCUCCUAUGCCUGUGUCUCUAGAUCUGAACACAUGUGGUGGAAGACAAGAUAGGGGUAUGAUGUGGACAGUGAGAUUUAGUCCUGAGCUUCAUGACCAGUCAGAACACAAAGAGAGAGAUUGGUGCACAAACUACACAGACAAGGACACAGCCUCAAAUGGCACCAAAGAUGUAAUAGGUCAAGGGGGUGAAGAGGGCCCACUGACUUUCCAACACUUCAGUAUGGCAGGGCCUAAUUCUGUGCAAUCUGGUUUACAACUGGUUAAUUCAGCAACUUAUCCAGAGUUAGAGAGAACUCUAUAUGAUGGGCAAGCAGACCCAGUCAAUGUGAAUAACUUACAAAGUAGCAUGGUGGGUGUAACGUCAAACACACCUUCCAUACAGUCUCUUGCCUAUUCUGAAGUGGAUACACAGAUAAAUGGAGAGGAAGCUAUGCAAAUAGCCCAAUCUAGCCAUCACCCAAAGCUCCAAAGACCAUCAGAUAUAGCAGAAAUAAUCUAUACACAUUCUAAUCUUGAACCUAUCUUAAACAAUGAAAAAUGUUCCAUAGACUAUACAUUCCAGAAAGAAGAGAGUACAACACCAGAAGAAAACAUGCAUUUGAAAGAAAAAACAUCAGUUUUACAGAAAAUUCAGUUAGAUAUCACAGAACCAAGGCAAGAGCUACAAAAAAUUAAAGAUGAACUUAAUGUGGUUGAAACCAGUACCAGCAUGUGGAUAUCCUGUCCUGGUUUAAAAUCAGAUACAAGGCUAGAAAAAGCAGAUGAUGUAACUGAAGUAACACUGCACACUCUUACAGAAUUAUCACUCCAAACACCAUCAGCUCCACGGAGUGAAGCAAGUAAAGAGUGUGCCAACGGUGACAGCACUAGUGCCACACUAAAACAAGAGGAGCGCGUGCUGCAGAAAACAGAACAUGAAGUAAAAAUAUUUGGUGACAAAGUCACAAUGCAUACAGAAGACAAGGACUGCACAGAAAAUAAAACACUCUCCCAAGAUUUAUUCUCAAGUUCUAAGGAGCAAGGGAAAAUAGAGCCACAAAAUGAAGAACAAGCAAGAGUGGACAGAAAGGACAAAAAAGAACAGAAUUACAAUCAUGAUGGCAAAGACCAAGAGAAAAUGGAUCCAAAUUAUACAAAACAGGGGGAAUGCAGUCAAGAUGAUAGGGAGGAAAAGGAAAAGAAUCCAGAGGGUAAAGAGCCAGAGGAAGCAGUUGGAGAUGGUCAGGAACAAGAGGAAGACUGUCCAGAGAAUGGAGAGCAAGAGACAUGGAAUCACAAAUGUGACACUCCAGGGAAAGUAAACCCCAACAGUAAACAGCCAAAGAAAGCAGACCAACAAGGGGAAAGCAAGGAGAAAGAAGCUCCUGAGUGUCUUCCUUCUAAGUCUUCUCAUAAACUGAUGCCUAUCAGAACAGAAGAAGAGAUGCAAGGAACCAUAAAAUCAGCUAAUUCACAGCUACAGCACCAGAAAUUGCUUGAAACAGGAAAAACUGAACAAACAGCGUCAACUGAGGAUGAUGAUAAGUCAAAUGUAAAAAUAGGGAAGCAGUGUGAGUCACAGACAUGGAUGGAUAGAGGAAAAAUUGUGCAUACAAAAGAUGCAAUGCACCCCAAAGACACAAGUUCCAACAAAAAUCAGUUACCACUUGCAAAUGCACCCAGGAUCACUGGACAUUAUGGUGCAGAUACAACAGAUGAACAGACAAAUGUAAAUGAAAACUUGGGACAUGUGCAGGAAAGAAACUGCGAACUAGGUGAGGGUUUGACCUUUGCAUCUUUACCUCACAGUAAGGUAGAUAUAGAAAUGCAAUUUAAGAAAGAAACAUGGAUAGAAACAGGAUCCUUUUCUUCGUACUCACAGAGCAUGGAAUCUUCAGAUGCAGAAACACCAAGUUGUACAGCAUCUUUGAAUAACAUCAUAAGUGAUUCAAAAAGAUCAAGAUACAUGCCACAUAAAGAAGACAAUGGAGUGAACACUUCUGACAGAAGCAUUGUGCAUCCCAAGGCUGGAUGUGUGAACAUAAAUAAAUCACCACUUUCAUAUAUACCUGAAAUAAAGAGACCAAAACUGCAUCUUGAAGAGAAAAGGAAAAAGAAGCAAGAAAACAGGAAGGAAAAAUGUAUGCUCCUGAGAGAAGCUCAUUCUGUCAUCACUUCUUCAGAUGCCUCUACUUUAGACAAAGCAGAGGAAGUUGAAACAGAAGUAAUGCAAAGGCACGUGCCACACUCUAGGCCGCAAGAAUCACCACCUGUAGGACAAGUAGCACCUACAAAGUCCAUUUCUAACCAUGCAAAGAGAAGAAAACUGCAUCUAGCAUGGGAAGAAGAGGAAGUACAAACCUCAGCAACUGAUGCUUUGACAAGUUCCAGUGACCUAGGUUUAAAGGCAAAGAUAUCUGCAACUUAUGUGUUGAGUGUCAAGGAGAAUAGAAUUCCCAGGAAGAGGAAGACUCCCUGGAGGAGCAGUAAAGAAAAAGCAGGAAAAAAACAGGAAAAAACUGGAGAAUGUAAAGUUUUUGCAACAAAGAUUGAUAGUUCCAUGCCUUCUGUUUCUCACCAUGGAUUGUCACCUCUACAUGAAGAUUUUCUUGUGGCAUCAUGUACAGGGGAACUCACACAUUCAGGUUCAAAUGGAAGCAUUACCCUACCUAAUGUAAUAAGUAAAGCCAAAAUACAAGACUUAUAUGAUGAGGCAAAAGUCAGAGUAUCAGAUAAAGACAGCAAAGAUAGAAUAACUUUGAGAGCAAGAAUAUCCCCACCUACACAUUUUAAUGACAGCAUGUCACCUUCUAAUAUUAGAGAGCAAAAGAAAGAACCUAAGCGAGGCAAAAGUGAACCAACAAUGAUUGUUCUAAAUGAAAUUGCUUCCUUACCUUUUCCAUCUUUCCUAAAGUUAGACACUAGAGUGAGUGAAGAGGAAAACAUACUAGCAGAAACAGACAUUUCUUUUCUACCACCAACAAUUGAAUACAUGUCAGAGUCAGACAAAAGAGCAUACAUCGAAUCAUCAGGUCAUGUGCUAAGCAACAGAAAAGAACCAACACACGAAGAGGAGAAGAAUAGACUCAUAAAAGAUGUGAAAGACAAAGAGAUCACCAACUCAGUGGAUCAAAGGGUAAAGAAAUUUUCAUGGUCACAUACACUCAGUACCAAAGAGUUGCAGAAGAAAACCCAGGUAGAAAAACUUGUGGAUCUGGCAAACACAAUUGUAGCAGUGUCCAUCUCACAAUUGCAACUCAAUACAUUUUUAGAUGCACAGAUAGAUGGUAGAGAAGUUUACAGUGAGAUAAAAUUACUGAAAGAUCACGUGCCACAGAAAGAAAAGAAAGAUAAAAAAAAGCAUGUGGAUGUAAAUAAUAUAUAUUGGAAAACAAAGCAAUCACCUGUUUUACCUAUGCAGAAUUUGAGUAACAUUCACUGGAAAACUAGAGAGCCAGGGGGAAAAGCUAAACAAGAUAUAAGUGAUCCAGGUUUAACACUAACUAAGAAGUUGACUAAGACUGCUACGUCUCCCCAACCUAUCCUUAUUGUGAAUGCUGGAAUCAUGGACAAAUGUACACCAAUGCUAAGAAGAUCCUCUGUUUCCUUGGGAUACUUCCAGAAAUCAUCAGAUUCUGAAGGAGGCAUUUACAUACAGCCAAUUACUGGAGAUACUUCAGUUAAUCUACAAAAUAAAAACCAGCAUAUGUCAGAGGAAAAUGAAGAACCUGGAAUGCAAGUAGCUAAGAUCAUAACUCAUAAAUACCAAGAAACAAAGGUGCAGGAACUUCAAGAUGAACAAAGCUUUGUUCUAACUAAAUCCUCUUCUUUAUUACCAGAUCUGCUUUAUCCCAAAUUGUCUAAGAAAACAGAAUUCAAUGACACAAAACUAACACUUAGAAAUUCUGCUUUGCAGAGACUAUCAACUAAAAGAGAAACAUUACCUAGAGAUGCCAUUGUUGAUGACACCACAAAAGAUGUUCAAAAACAACAUAUACCUCAGAGAGAAGAGAUAUACAGAAAACAAAUAAUAGACAGGCAAUGCACAGAUGUAACUUUAAAGUCACAAAAUUCACUUCUCUCUCAGAAGCUCCAUAGAACAGAACUACCUAUGCAUAUUAACUCACCUAAACCAAAGGAACAAGACAAUAAAAGUGAACCUGGAGUUUUAAGAAAAAUGUGUUAUAAUUCUAAACCUCCAACCAACAUUACCUUGUGUAAAGCUGUACAAGUAGAUGAAGAAAGGGCAGAAAGUGCACUAUUUUACACAUUCCCACAAAUGUUUCCAGCAUUAUCAGAUGCAGAGAAAAUGGCAGACACAGAGGCCAUAUGUAGGUAUGUCAGAAAAGGAAAACCAUGUACAAAGAAAAUAGAAAAAACAGUAGACUUGACAAUUGGUCAAGAACAAAGAACAAAGGUCUCACCAAUUUCACAGCUCCUUAAUGCGAAGGAAUUUGUCCUGAAUAUGAAGGUUCUGGAGAAAAAAGUACACAAAGAUAAAAGUGAACUGGCAGUGAUUGCAACACGAACUUUCCUGUCCAUGUCAUCACCAGCUUCUAGGUAUUCACAGGACAAAACACAGAAAGACACAGCAGGAAUUACAGGACAUGCUUACCCACAGGGAAAUUUCCAGGAAGCAGCAGAUGCCCAGGAAACAGCAAACAGAGAGUCAGCUGAAGAUGAUAGUAACUGUAUUGCUAAGACAACAGAACACAAUGUGCUACAGAAACAAGCCAGGUCACAGGAGUCAAAGUCAGUGAUCAGUGCCUAUCAAAUAAGUGAGAUUCCACAAGUUGACUCAGAAUGUGAGUCAGAGCCCCCAGAUCUUAACAUCGACCUCACAAGAUUAGGUAUGAUUAAAAGGGAAAAAAUGCUGGACAUCUUCUUCACAGGGCAAAAAGAUCAGCUAGAAGAAUGUGAAAAAAACCCUUCAACUAAAAUUGGAAAUUGGAAGAAGGAAAAUGAAAUCAAAGAUAAUUUAAGUCACAAAACAAGUCCUAAGUUUCCAGUUUCUCUACCAAAGAAAUCACUCAAGGAGACACUGACCACAAGUGGAACCCUUGUAUGUUUAAAAGGGCCAGUGACAGAGACAGAACAAGAGACUGGCUCAGCUAGGUCUAUUAAGCCAAAGAAAGAUAAACAGAGUAAUGCUACGGUAAGCGAAAUGUUACCUCCAGAAAAGACAUCUCAAAAUAAGGAAGAACAAAAUAAUAACAUGAAAAAGCAAGCCAUUCCUCACUCCAAAAGUGAACAGCAGAUAAAGGCAAAGUCCUUCUCUCUUCUUAUUGUUCCGGUUCACAACAAAAAUCAGAGGAUACAUUUACAAACAGAUGUGGAUGAGAAAAUUGCAGUGAGUAUCAGCCCACAAAUACAGUCAUGGGCACAUGUGAGUACUACAGAGUUUAAUGUCACAAGAUGGAACAAAGAUUCACCAUCAAUCAUUCCAGAACAAGAACAAUGUGAUCUAGAAUUGCCUCAUAAAUCCCAUGAUUCUCUACUGAAUUCUGAACCCAGGAACUUAUGUUUACAAACAAUACUAGGGAUUGUUGCAGGGUGUGAGGAUUUAAAUAUCACACAUAAACCUGAUAUGAAUACCACUGAGCAAGAAGAAAUAAAAAAAGAUACUCUAACACCCCCAGAGUGUACAUUUGAAGAUCAGACAUCACAGAUGGUGAACAUAUCCUUACAGAACUGUGACUCUCACGCCCAAAAGGCUAUUUCAGAAGAUUACAGUUGCAGGGUUUACCUGAAAGUUAUAAAAAUGAAUUUCAGGUCUCCAAAAAUUGAUAAUAGACGUGCUAACUUAAAAACCAAUUACCAAAGACAUUUUCCUCCUCUCAGCUGUGUUCAGAUACCAACAUUGAAUGUUUCAAAUAACAGCAAGGUCAUGACAAAGGACACUGAAAAGCAAGAAGGUAUAACAUCACUAGAAACUUGGAGUAAUCAAAUACAGUCAGGGACCCACGUGAGUACUACAGAGUUUAAUGCAAGAAAGAAAGAAGACCCACCAUCAAUAGCUCCAUUGAGUCACAUCCUCUACAAGUUCUCAAUGAAAAAAAAGGAUGACCUUCUUGUACACUUUUGUACAAAAGCAGUGGAGAUAAAAGCAACAGGCCUUCCCAGAAUUGUAGCACAAUCUUAUGCAAUGACUAAUGCCCAGGAUAAACCAAAACCUUUAUUUAAGUGUAUCCAUUCUGCCACUAAAGAACCAAAACGAACAAACAGAGUUUUAGUACUUUUUGAUGAAAGAUCUUUUUGUGAAAUUGACCAUGAUUUGCAAUGCAAAUACCUCCGCUCUAUCCCUAGACCUUCUGUCACUGUGGUCUCUAAGCCAAAUGUACUUCCCAAACACACUUCUAAGUUAAGCAUGGGUAGACCUUCUGUCACUGUGGUCUCUAAGUCCCAUGUACUUCCCAAACACACUUCUAAGUUAAGCAUGGGUAGACCUUCUGUCACUGUGGUCUCUAAGCCCAAUGCACUUCCCAAACACACUUCUAAGUUAAGCAUGGGUAGACCUUCUGUCACUGUGGUCUCUAAGUCCCAUGUACUUCCCAAACACACUUCUAAGUUAAGCAUGGGUAGACCUUCUGUCACUGUGGUCUCUAAGCCCAAUGCACUUCCCAAACACACUUCUAAGUUAAGCAUGGGUAGACCUUCUGUUACUGUGGUCUCAAAGCCAAAUGUACUUCCCAAACACACUUCUAAGUUAAGCAUGGGUUCAGGCUCAGAAUGUAAAAAAGUGGAAGAUAGUGAAGGAAGUAGUAUUCUUUCCUUUAACAAAGAACUUUUACAGCAUGUUCCUUUCCAAAAGAAAAAUCCACAACAAAGCUCAUUACUCAUUAGAAAAUUACAGGAGCCAACCAAUGUACCUAGUCUACAAGGCACAGAACAGAAUGAUAUGAGAAUUCUUUCAGAUUUAAAAUUACAGAUGACAACAGAAAAGGAUAAACAAUGUCAUGUAUGGUUUGAAGAGAACAAUUCAUACAAGCAUUCUGUUUCAGGAACUCAGCAAAAUAAUUCUGAUUUAGCUGAUUCAUUUUCAUCUUGGAUUUCUGAUGACUGGACCAAUGAUAUCCCCCUAAAUACAGAGACUUCAACUGACUUGGCAGAAUGUCCAGCUUCUGAGGAAAGUGACAGUGAGGAAUGUGUGUUUAUAGAAACCAAUUUUUACUUAACUCAAGAUUCACAAAAGUUCCUGAUUGAGGUACCUAAAGGCAUUCCGUUGGCAGAUACUCACAAAAUGGAUGAAGCAACUUUUUUGAAACCAUUUUACUGUGGAGAUCUGAAUGAUUAUCAUCCGAGAACCCAUAGAAAGCACACCUCCCCUGUGGCCCAAUCUUGCUAUCAGUCUCAGAAUACUAGGAAAUAUAGGAUAAACUCCAAAAUGCAGUCUCCUGAAUGGUUGUCUCACAGCUCAUCCAAUACUGUGGAAAUAGAGUCUACAGAAUCUUGCAUAACAUGGAAUGAAGACUGGACCUCGACCACAUGGAGCAGAACAAGCUACUCUUUAACAUCCUCAACAACUGAAUCAAAUAUUAAAUUGAAUCUUGAAAAAAAACAUGGCAAGUCCUACAUGUACCCACAAAUCAAAGAAAGGAUGGCUAAAUCUGAUUUAUGGAGAAAGUCCAACUUUGAACAGAGUUCAAAUUAUAGUCACUCACACAGUGAAGAGAAACACCCAAGGAGGAAGAGACUAUAUCAUUAUGAAUCCAAAGAACCAAAUCCACAAACCAAUCAGAUGCCAGAGCCAAAUGCUCAUUGGCAGAAUAUCAAAUUCUAUUCAGAAAGAAGAGAAAAUCAGCCCUUCCUUUAUGCCUGUGUACCAGCAGAUUCAAUGGAUGUUAUCCCCCAAACCAUUCGCUGGGUUAUUCCCCCCAAAAUCUCACAGCAAAGAAACUUCAAAGUUCCUCGAGUGGCAAAUAUUUCAAAAUCUUGGAAUCUAAUGAGUUCAUCCAAAAAGCUGUUGGGAUCACUUUCAUGGGCUUUUAAUAGAAUCCGUUAUCGUUAAUAUCAAUUGCAAGUGGAUUCUUCCGAAUUGGAACUCAGUUUGCUACUGUGAUAUUCUAUGAAAAUAAAUGAGUAGAAUGUCA